ACAAGUCCAUUUGGCGUUUACAGGUAUGACCUUUUUGCCUCUCUCUCUUUCUUUUCCCGAGAAAAUGAGCUGAGGAGUUUGCUUGUGGAUGAUGAUGAUGAAGAGAAGAAGUAGGUUUGAGAAAUCGGAUGGAGAAUGUGCCGGGAUCAUUCGGCUCUAGCGCCAGCUUGGCUCUCCGUUUCGGCCAAACCAUUUUCUCAGCUGCUUCGUUGAUCUUCAUGUGUUUGGAUUACGAUUACUAUGAUUUCUACACCUUCUGCUAUUUGGCGACUGUGAUGGCAGUUGUAACUCCAUGGAGCAUCUUACUUGCAUUAACAGAUACAUACUCUGUUUUAGUGAAACUCCUUCCUCAAGAAUUUAGACUUCUUUCCGUCGUCGUCGUUGGUGAUUUCGUACUCUCGUUUCUCUCUUUGGGUAUGGCUUGUUCUAUAGCUAGUGCAGCAGAACUGAUUUCGUCUGCAGGUGGACAAGCCUGUCAUGGUAGCCUCUGUAACCAAUACCAAGUCUCGGCCGCAUUGGCUUUCUUGUGUUGGUUUCUGUUACUUGCUUCAGCUCUUUUCAAUUUUUGGAGCUUGCCUUCUUUAUACUAUUAACAUUAACAUAGUGUUAUAUAGAUAGGAAUCAUAAUCAUAGGACAUGGAUCAUGUACAUUUGAUAUACAACUCUAGUCAUGUCCUGUUAAUAUGAUAUAUAAAAUUUUA